AUGUAUGGAGGUUCUAUGUCUGGUAAAGAUGAUGAGUACGAUUAUCUGUUUAAAGUUGUACUAAUCGGAGAUUCGGGUGUCGGGAAAAGUAACUUACUCUCACGUUUCACAAGAAACGAGUUUAAUUUGGAAAGUAAAAGUACGAUCGGUGUUGAGUUCGCUACAAAGAGCGUGGAAAUUGAUGGAAGGACUAUAAAGGCACAGAUCUGGGAUACUGCUGGUCAGGAACGUUAUCGAGCUAUAACAGCCGCCUAUUACCGUGGUGCUGUCGGUGCGCUGUUGGUUUACGAUAUCACAAAAAGAGAGACUUUCAACAAUCUGGAACACUGGUUACUGGAGUUACGAGGCCAUGCAGAACCAGAUAUCGUUAUUAUGUUGGUUGGUAAUAAGUGUGACCUUAGGCAUCUGCGAACUAUAUUGACGGAAGAUGCGAAGCUUUGGGCUGAAAGGCAUGGACUAUUCUUUAUGGAAACGUCGGCUCUGGAAUCCACCGGCGUUGAGAAUGCUUUUUACUCGAUUCUUAAAACCAUUUUCGAAGCUGUCCGUUCACAUCCUCCAGUGAGUAAUGUCGACAUGAAAAUGUCUCCAUAUAAUCAACCCAUUGUUUCGUCGAACACAGACAAUUCAAACAGUGGACGACGGUGUUGUAGUUAGAAACAAGGGAAUAAUCAAAUAACAAUUUGUUUCCAUUUUGUAUGAAGAGAAUUGAUUAAUUAUUUUUCUGUAAACUAUUAUUGUUAAUAAAUUGAUUGAUUGAUUGAUUGAUAUCAGUAAAUCGACAACAAAUCGAUGGACAGAAUGUUUAUGAUAAAUGUAAAUUAGUGGUGGUUGCUGUUGUCUUUCUUGUUUUUGACGUUAACGAUUACUGAUUCGGUCGCCACUGUCUCUACUUAUUCAUUAUUUAUUUUGUGUGGAUGAAAUCAUUUGCAUUGACUUUUGUUUUGUGCACAUUUCCACCUUUCGCGUGUUCGCUUGUGUGUGCGUGUGCGUGUUUGUGAAUUCAAAGGAGAGAAUGAAGAAGUGAAGGCAAGUUGUUGUUGUAGUAGUAGUGAUGGAGCAGUGUUUCAAACGCUUUCCUUCCCGGCCCUCCAUAGCAGUUUUAACUUAUUUUACACCAGUGUAAAAUGUGAAUGAGCAAAGUGAACACUGAAUCUUCGUUGUGUGCAUCAUAUGAGAGAAGUGAUUUGAUACAGUCACGAAUGAUGACAAUUGAGUAAGUUGUUAAUGAGGUUAGUGGGAGACUACACUACAAUGACAUUGCAAUCAUCAUCAUCAUCACUACAAUUUAUUGUUUGUGCAUGUGUACAGCUGUGUUUUUCCCAGUUCAUUACUUGAUUGAUAACUUUCUAGUGAACUGUAUAGUAUCUCUUAACAAGAAUAAAUCUAACUGAUGAUUACAUGCACAUGCAUACUGACUUAUACAAGUACACACAUUUUCACGGCACUAUUCUUUUGUUCAUUGUCUAUCACUAUUGUAUUUUUACGAAAUGAAUACUUGUUUGUUUUGUUGAUCAAUGUGUGCGGAACACAUUGUUUUGUAUGACGCUGUAAACUGUGUUUCUCCUUGCUGUGAAUUUCAUUUUAUACUAACUGUAUUGUUAUUGAACUAUGCCAGAUGAUAACUGAGGUGACACACUAUAUUUUUAGUGAAAAUACUAGUAAUAGAUGAGAAGGAACUGAAUCUUCAGUAGAAAGUCCAUUUUUCCAGUUUUAUCUCUUUUAAACAAAAACAAACAAACAAAUUUGUAUUAUAUGUAUUAUGAUGUGAACUGUGUUUGCUAAUGAACUAAUUUUUCUCUUCUUAUCAACAUAAAUUGAUUUUUCUACCUAGAGUCGGUGUGUUUUAGAGUUUUUGCUGUUGUCAUGUGGUGGGAUAGAAGUUUUCGGCAAUACGAUGUUAGUAAGCAGACUAA